AUGGGAUGCGGGCUCUCGGCUGCCCGACUAGGGAGGCCCUGUCAGUCAGAGGGUCUAGUGGCAGCUGCGGCGGCGGCCGAGGACUGCACCCGGGUCCGGGCUGGGCUAAGCUAAGUGGGGCGCUGACAGGCUAGGCCAACCUGGGUGGAGAGAGCUUUGGAGUGUGGGGCCUAAAGUGCCCCUUCAGUUGGCAGAAGAUCAAGAUGCCACUAUGUCACUGUGCUGCAAAACACAGUGACUCUGAUGGAGACUGGGGCCACCCUAGCAGCAGUGGGCUCAAAGUUCUCCUCCAUUGGAGCAAUGGAGGUGACCAGUAUGUGACCUAUAACCAGGGCACCAUGACGGCAGAGGAAGUCUGCAUUCACAUUGCACAGAAAGUGGGGAUCACCCCACUCUGCUACAACCUCUUUGCAUUAUAUGACAUCCAAGCCCAAAUCUGGCUACCUCCUAACCACCUCUUUGAGAUCACCAAGGACACCAACCAGACUCUGCAGUUUCGAAUGAGGUAUUACUUCCGAAAUUGGCAUGGCCUGAAUACCCAGGAGCCAGCUGUAUACAGAAGCAUGCCUCGAGGUGUUGAGGUCUCUGAAGACAAGGCCCGGAUUGAUCAAGGGUGUGCUUUGCUGGACAAAGCCUCCUUCGAGUACCUCUACGAACAGGGGAAGUUUGAGUUUGUCAAUGAUGUCACAUCCCUUUCGGACCUACACAGUGAAGCAGAGAUACACCACUUCAAGAAUGAGAGCCUAGGCAUGGCUGUGUUGCACCUUUCCCACCUUGCCCUACAGCGUGGUGUCCCCCUGGAAGAGGUGGUGAGGAAGACCAGCUUCAAAGAUUGCAUCCCGCGCUCCUUCAGCCGACAAAUCCAGCAGAACAAUUCCCUGACUAAAUUCCGCCUGAGGAAUGUCUUCCAGAAGUUUACGAGACGUUUCCAUCUUCAGACAGUGGGUCCAGGGCAUCUUAGUGAACAGGACAUUAUGUUCAAAUACCUGGCUACUCUGGAACAGCUGGCCCCACGCUUUGGCACAGAACGCUAUCUUGCCCUGACCUUGGCAUUGCCCACAGAGGCUGAAAGGGAUCUGUGCUAUGUCAAUAGCAGUGAGCAAGGGCCUACUGUUCCACCAGGAGCCACUCUCUCCCUCGCUGACCAGGCUCCUACCCAUGAGGUUCUAGUGACGGGUACAGGUGGUAUCCAGUGGCGGCUUCUUCAGGUGGAGGACUCUGACUUAGAAAUCAACCAUUCUCGAAGCUCCUUUGGUAAGAAGGCCAAGGCCCGGGAGGCAGAGAGCCGGAAACCAAGCCAGCUGCCCACUGGGAAGAAAGAGACCCCCUGGACAUAUUUUUGUGACUUCCAAGAUAUCACUCACGUUGUGAUCAAGGAGAAGAACGUCAGCAUCCAUCGUCAGGACAACAAGUGCCUGGAACUGGCUCUCCCUUCCCCUAUGGUGGCCCUCUCUCUGGUGUCCCUGGUGGAUGGCUACUUCAGGCUGACAGCAGACUCCAGCCACUACCUCUGCCACGAGGUGGCCCCCCCGAGGCUGGUGAUGAGCAUUCAAAACGGCAUCCAUGGGCCCCUGCAGGAGCCUUAUGUGCUGUCCAAACUGAAGCGAGAGGAGGUAGAAGACGGUCUCUACCUUAUCCGCUGGAGUUCCUUUGAUUUCCACCGCCUCAUCCUGACCGUGGCCCGGAAGGACCAGGCUUCUGGAGCACAGGGUCUCCGUUACAAGCAGUUCCGCAUUGAAGAGCGGGGCCUGAGCUUCCAGCUGGAAGGCUGGGAUCAAGCCUUUCAUAGUGUGCGUGAGCUUACUGCUGCCCUGCAAGGCUGUACGCUGCGAUCCAGCUCUGGCUCUGGUCCUGGUUCCAGCCUGGAGAGCUUCACCCUCAGCAAAUGCUGCCUGCCUCGAGCAGGAGAAAUGUCCAACCUGAUCAUCACCCGACAGCGUCCUAAGGAGGGCCCCAAACCACUCAACUUGUCCCAGCUCAGCUUCCAUCAGAUCCGCAAGGAAGAGAUCACCCAGCUGGGUCACCUGGGCCAGGGCACCGGAACCAACAUUUAUGAGGGACUCCUGCGUGUUGGGGGUGGACUGGGAGCUGAGGAUGAGGAAGAAGAGAACAUCUCCACAGAACCCAACAACAACCAUCGGGAGCAUCGAGUAGUGCUGAAGGUGCUGGACCCAAGUCACCAGGAUAUUGCUCUGGCAUUUUUCGAGACUGCCAGCCUAAUGAGCCAGGUAUCCCAUAUCCACUUGGCCUUUGUUCAUGGCGUUUGUGUCCGGGGCUCUGAGAACAUCAUGGUGGCAGAACAUGUGGAACAUGGGCCAUUGGACGUAUGUCUACGCCGGGAGAAGGGCCACGUGCCUGUGGCCUGGAAGAUCACUGUGGCCCAGCAGCUUGCCAGCGCUCUCAGCUACCUAGAGGAUAAGAACCUGGUUCACGGUAAUGUCUGUGCCAAGAACAUUCUGCUGGCAAGACGUGGUCUUGGGGAUGGCACUCAGCCCUUCAUCAAGCUCAGUGAUCCUGGCGUCAGCGUCACUGCCCUCUCCAGGGAGGAGAGGGUAGAGCGCAUUCCUUGGAUUGCCCCCGAGUGUGUACCCAGUGGGACCGGCCUCAGCACAGCUGCCGACAAGUGGAGCUUUGGAACGACACUAUUAGAGAUCUGUUUUGAUGGGGAAGCGCCUCUACAGGGUCGUAGCCCUUCUGAGAAGGAGCGCUUUUAUGAGAAGAGACACCGGCUCCCUGAGCCCUCCUGCAAGGAACUGGCUACCCUCAUCAGCCAGUGCCUCACCUAUGAGGCCAGCCAGCGCCCCUCCUUUCGCACCAUCCUCCGUGACCUCACACAGCUGCAGCCCCAAAAUCUCGCUGACAUCACCACUGUGAGCCCUGACUUCCCAGCCUCAGACCCUACUGUUUUUCAGAAGCGCUACCUAAAGAAGAUCCGAGACCUGGGAGAGGGCCACUUUGGCAAGGUGAGCCUCUACUGCUAUGACCCAACUAAUGAUGGGACAGGUGAGAUGGUGGCUGUGAAAUCUCUCAAAGCUGGCUGCAGCUCCCAACUCCUGAGCAGCUGGCAACGGGAGAUCGAGAUCCUUCGGACACUCUACCACGAGCACAUCGUCAAGUAUAAGGGCUGCUGCAGUGACCAAGGGGAAAAGAUGGUCCAGCUGAUCAUGGAGUAUGUGCCACUGGGCAGCUUGAGGGACUACCUCCCCAAACAUAGCUUGGGGCUGGCCCAGAUUCUACUAUUUGCUCAGCAGAUCUGCGAGGGCAUGGCCUACCUCCAUUCUCAACACUACAUCCACCGGGACCUGGCAGCCCGAAAUGUCCUUCUGGAGAAUGACAACACUGUCAAGAUUGGGGACUUUGGCCUGGCCAAGGCUGUGCCAGAGGGUCAUGAUUACUACUGUGUCCGGGAAGAUGGAGACAGCCCUGUCUUCUGGUAUGCCAUGGAGUGCCUCAAGGAAUGUAAGUUCUACUAUGCCUCCGAUGUCUGGUCCUUUGGGGUCACCCUCUAUGAGCUGCUGACCCGCUGUGACUGCAAUCAGAGCCCCCCCUCGAAAUUCAUCGAAAUGAUUGGGGUCACCCAGGGCCAGAUGACCGUGCUGAGACUCAUUGACUUGCUAGAAAGAGGUCAGAGACUGCCUUGUCCCAAGGACUGUCCCUGUGAUAUCUAUCUUCUCAUGAAGAAUUGCUGGGAAUCUGAAGCCUCCUUUCGCCCGACCUUCCAGAACCUUGUUCCUCUCCUCAGGACAUUCCAUGAGAAAUACAGAAGUCAAGCACCCUCUGUGUUUAGUGUUUGCUGAAGGAGGGAGGCCUAGAGCAACCAUGGUCAACCCGGGCUCAUCUGUUGCACUGUGGGAGUGAGAAAACUGAUUGGGGCCUUACUGUUAGGCCUACGCAGUGAUUGGAGACCAUCUCCCCCACUCUCCAUCAUCCUCAGUCCUGGGGAAAGCAAGGCCAUCUUUAACCCUCUGCGACCCAUGGGGAAGGGCCAUAGGUGCCAUCCUCAACAUUUUUCCCAAUGCCAGAUGGUGCCCAGGGGCUGUAUGGCAGGGGCUGCCUAGCUACUCCUCUAUCACAUACAAGUUUAAAACUCUGAAAACAAAGACACUUCAGCUAAUGAGGAGACCUAACACUGUGACCUCUUGUCAGCUCCUUCCCUCAGAGCUGGGAAUGAGGGGGUCAGCCAAGCUGUGCUCUCUCCCUAGGCCAUUUGCCUUGUGCCUUGCCCCAGUCUCCCCUUCUCCCACAAACACACCUCCAUUGCCUCAGGACCAAUGAGGGGGAAACUUGAUGUUGUUGCCUUCUCUCCAAGAGGCCUUAACCCUCUUCCUCUGCCUUUCUCCUCACCCCCCUCUAUCCCUCUUCCUUCUUUGGCAGGUUCCAUUUUGGAUAGGGAAGGACUAAGAUUAGGAACCUGAGCAUAAUGGAGAAUCUUCAGGGUGUAGCUCUUCUAAGCCCUCUGUCAUCUCCAUUGUGCCUUCAACCCCAGUGCAGAUUCCCUCCCCCGAACUGUACUCUCAGUGCCCUGCUCUACUCACAAGUAAACCCACAUUCCUUCUGCCAACACGAGCUUCAUCUGCGUAAAUAGAAGUGUUAGGGGUCCCUUUUGAGCUAGGCUGAGUUGACCCAGGAAAAAGGUUUAGGUCCCUGGUCUUAAGGACCAACCAGAGGAAGCUACAAAUAAAUGUUCUUGUUUUCAAAGAUUAAAACAUAGGCACAGGAUCUACCCCUCCCUGGAAUUGGUCACUCAGGCUAGAUAAGGCAGAAUGGUCUUAAGUCUUGAGCUCCAUCUUCCCUUUUACUUUAGCCUACCUCCCCCUGCCUCCCCUUCUCCCUCCUUCCCUCUUUUUUUCCCCUUUCCUCACACUGGGUCCCCAGGCUCUAAAGUGAAUCUAGGCUGGAUAUGGAUGGGGGUGUAGUUAGUCAUCACAGUAUCACUUCCCGUCCCCAAGAAACACUGCCCUCUCCUUUUCAUUUCCCACUCAAGUCCAGCAAGCCUUCUUUCUGUAAAUCAGCUUCUUCCAGAGUCUCUGAUGCCAGCCUCUGGUUAGGUUCAGAUUUGGGGCCCCAACAUCUCACAUCUUACUCAGAAAAGGAGAGAGAGAGGUCUCCUUAACCACGGUAUAAACCUUGAAGGCAGGGACUUUCUCUUGUCUUGCCACAGCACACUGCUAACCAAGUCUUCACACCAAAGAGGCAGUCUGGCAGUGUUUGUGGUGUAGCAAGAGGAAGAAAGGGUAGGUCCCCAGCAACAGGAUCCUCUAAGGAGGAGAACUGGUCUGCAGAUGUUCUGUAGGUUGUUCAUGACAUAAUGCAUGAGUGUUGAGGAUGACAGAAUUACAGCCGAGGUAAAGAAUGAAUUACUAAAAAGGAAGAAGCUGCUGGGCACCAUCCAGGUGCAUGAGACUGAGGAGACAGCUGCCUUAUUUACAAUUAGAUAGCCCCCCUGGUCAGAGCUGAACAUCUUGUUCCAGCUUUUGAUGAUCCCCACCUCCAAUCCUUAUACGGACAUGCUUGUCUUUUGAUAUGCACAGACUUCCCUCCCACAGUAACUUGGGGGGGGGGGGAGGCACAGUUGGGACAGUAACUGCCACCAGAGAAAGGAGGAGACACUGAAUGUGGUUCAGUGGAACAUCUUCAAUAAGGACUGUGCUGGGUCAAAUAGGUCGUACUCUGUCCACCAUCCUCCAGUCAUCUAGUCCUUCCCUCAGCCUGGGAGCUUCAGUCUUAAUCAGUCCAGUGGGGAAGUGGGUUACGAUUCCCAGCUCUGCUACCUCCUGUGUGUAUUACCUUGGGCAAAGCACCGAGGUAAGCCCCUUUGAACCUCAGAUUUCUCAUCUAUAAAAUGAUUGGCCUGAUGAGCUGGAAGGUCACUUGCGGUUCUAAAUUGGAUUCUGUUGUAAGGAGUCUAGCUGAAGGUUAGAAGAGCAGAAAGACAGGGACAUUGAAGAAUAAAGUACUCUCCAGCUCUGAAAGAGCCUGAGGUUUGUAUGAAUACAGACUACCCUAUGCCUUUGUUCCCAACCACUGAGCUACAUAAGACCCCAGUGGGGAUCCAUCAAGUGAACUGGUUGGCCUUCAUAAGUUAGGAUGAGGUUCCUCACUGAGGGAAUCUUGAUUUGAACCAGGAUUUGAAUCAGAACAUCCUUUUACUUGUCUAGCAGAGAUGUUACUUUCUAUGAAGAACACUGCAACCAAACAACCUGCUCAGACCAGACUGGCAACAGCUGCCCGGUGGCCAAGAGACUUAUGCUAGUCAGUACACAAGCCCAGUGAGGGACUGGCUCAACAGCAAAACAACUUGAUAAACCUGGAAGCAAAUUGCAUUAUCCACUCGAGACAUCUUACCGAAUGAGUGACAAGCAUAGCUUAAACAGCCCAUCCAACAGAAGUGUUGUACCCUAGGAGAAAUCAGUCAAGCAGUGGAAUGACUUGUUCAUCACUGUUACCAAUGCUGUCCUGCAGUGAUCGAGGACUCUGGGGAAAAAAAGGACAUGAAAUCCCUGGUACUCCAGAAUUGUGAAUUGCCUUGGCUACAUGUGUUCCCUAUGUGUGUGCCUCACUACACUGUACUUUAAAUUUAUGUCUGCUUGUCCCUAACAGAGUCUAUGUGUAUUUGUGGGAGAGUGCAUCCCAUAUUUUUUUGGGGAAAAGCUUUGUAACUACUGUUCUUGCUAUGCCAUUUGAGUAAAUGCCUUGUCUAAAAGCUAA